AUGACGCGUCAAGAGAUCUUUCUUCCUUCUAUACAUGAUGGUAUUCAAUUAGAAGCGAGAUUAUCUUAUCGUAAAAUCAAAGAUGUACCAGAACAAGAAGUUAAAGCUGUUAUCAUAUCACAUCCUUAUGGUCCAUUAGGCGGUAAUAAUAAUAAUAAUGUAGUUAUGACGGUUGAAGAUUUCUUUUUUCAUAAAGGAUAUUUGACAGUUGCGUUCAAUUUUAGAGGAAGUGGAACGUCUAAAGGGAGAACAAGUUGGUCAGGGGAACCAGAAUGUGAUGAUUUCAGAACGAUAUUAAAGUUUUUGGAAAAUCCCGUUAAAAUAAAUGGCGUGGAAAUUCCAAAGAUAUCCCAUAUCAUAAUCAUUGGAUAUAGUUAUGGAUCAUUAAUAGCUUCAUCGUUAGCAUCAUCCCAAACGCAGUAUACAUUCACAAUAUCCUAUAUUUUAAUAUCUUUACCAUUAUCUGUAAUGUGGUUUCUAACAUUUUUUCAUUCAUCAGUUUAUUCAGCACAUUUAAAAAAUUUACUUUCGUCCGUUUCUACAAAAGUAUUAUUUAUAUUUGGGGAUAGUGAUCAGUUUACAAGAGCGAGCAAAUAUAAACAAUGGAUCAAGGAUAAUAAUGUAUUGGAAAAUGAAAGGUGGACCGUUGCGAAGUUGAAAAAUGUGGAUCAUUUUUUUGUUUAUCAACAGAUGGAAGAUGCUUUGAUUGACGUUAUUAAGAAAUGGGUCGAUGAAAAUAUUAAAUAA